GUCUCUGGAAAAGAUCACGCUGGGGAAGGCAGCAGGACAAGAGGAACACCCAAUACGAGAGGGACUGACUCCCUCAACGAAGCCAUGGGCUUGCAUUUGCAAGAGGCCACCCGUCGUUGCCAACGCACCGGGCGGAAGAGUCGAUGGCCCCGUAGCCCGACCUGAUUCCAAGGGGACGGCUUGCGUUGACGCCCCUCAGCUGUCAGUCCCCGGGACAUCGUGUGGUGUGUUUCCAGCCAGAACGCGGCACUUGAGCGAUGAUCAACGUGUAGGCAAGGGAUGCAGCCUUGAUGGAAUUCAAAUGUGACAUUUCUCAACAAAACAGAUGGAUGACUCGGGACAUUAGCAUAGGUCGGAAUGCUCAGAAUAUUGACAUUUUCCAAGAUUUGCUGGCGUCUGAAGUUAGAAAAGAAAAUCUCCCCCCCUCCAAAAAAAAAUUACCCAGGCUUCUGUCCCAACCAGAAGGUGCCUUUAACCCGACUUUAACACAUAACAGCCUCCCCAAAAAACCCAACUGAGAUUAAUCAAAUGUUGGAAAAGGGGGUAUAUAGAGAGCACCUUCUUUUCUCCAUUCCUGGUUUAGCCUCCAGCAUCUCCGAGGAAGAUUCCUGGAUGUGCCGAGAGUGAGAACAGCAUCGAAGACGACAGACCCGCGUUCUGGUUUGUUUUAAAGCCAUUUCCUUACCUCCUAACUCCAAAUAGCCUUGCUCUAAGCCUCAGGCGCGGUGGUUGAACUGCAGUCCUGUAGUCGAGCCUCUGCUCAUUCCCCCCACCCAUCCAGUUUUGAUAACUUGCUCGAAUUACAGCAGAUUUCUUCUCCUUCUCUUCUGGGUCAAGGUCCGGCUGGAAGCCUGAGCCUUCUACAUAGCUAUGCUUUUAAGCGAUGAUGUACCUUGCUCCUUCAUGCUCUACUUUUUCAAAAGCCUCUGGGCUGAAAAGGUAUACUGUAUACGGAAAUAGAUAUUGCUAACACGAUGGAUGGCGUUGAAGAUAAGCGGGUUCAGACGGCAGUGGGACAUCCAAAAGUUGGGGAGGGGGGGAUUUGAAAGAAUCGCAACGCUUCUUUCUGAACAUUUAAAAAAAAAACCUCAGAAAUUCAAGUUCACCUAAUUUCUGUUACUGAUUUAGACUUGCAGCUCCUUGCAACACAGAGAUUAGUUGUUAGGGGAAAUGCUAGCAAUGUUACUCCUAGGCUCUUGGGUCUUUCUCUCCCUUGUUCUCUCUGGGUGAGGUCCCUUCUUUUUCCUGCUCCCUCUCUAUGGUCACUUCUGAUUUCUUGAGGACUAGAAACACCACCCCCACCCAGUGUUCUUGCCCUGGAAAGCCAGCUGUGCAGGUAUCUGUAACUAAAUUGAGGACAGAAUCAGAGAGCUCCUAAUUCCCCGUCCAGGAGAAACAAAGUCAUAUAUUUAUUUAUUUAUGGCCCCGCGUCACUUUGAUUUAAGCAACGGGCCUUGGUUUACGUGUGCUGCGGGAAUCGAAACUGGAACAAACAGAAAUAGGGCAAAUGCUUAUGAGCAAGCAGCUGAGCGUUUCUGCAUUCCUGGGUUUCAGAUUUUAGCUGACCUCACCCGGCAGGUUCGCCGUGCGCUGGAUGUCACAUUUCGGAGAUGACACAGCACUAAAGUCGAUGCGUCGAAUCUUGAGAGACUGCAGGCCAUUUUUCUCGCGCGGUUCUCUGCCACCUGGAACGAGACGCACCCCAUGUUAUGUGAAAUGUCUUUGAUUCAAUGUUAAUUUUUUUAAAAAAACCCACAAAAUUGGAAAUUUUGCACGUGUGCACUCUGCAUGCCAAAGUUCACCGCCGAGAAGCCCAGGGGUUAAAGCUGAAUGUGCUUUAACCUCGUGGCUUAGACUUUGUGGUUGUGUACACGGGGUUUAUUUUGCAGUUGUGUUCACUGCCUUCCGUGACACCGCAAGGAGCCAAGCUGGUUCCCGGGUUUUUGGCCCUGAAAUCUCACGUCGUUCCUGCCACACCUUUUCCAAUACUCAUCCUAGGAUUUUAAUCCCUACAAAAAAAUCAAUGGGGGGAAAAUACUGCAUUCUAUGUGCCUGGCCAGGAGACGUCUCUCGUUUCCUGAUUUAUUUCGAUCACUCAGAAGAAUUGGCAGUUUUCGAACGAGAAAAUGUUCAGGUGUCGAAGGUAGAAGGUUUUGUGGGGGGUUUUUUGUAAAAAGGAUCGGUGAAAUUUUGGUGGGGCCUUUUCCUGAUCCCAAAAUCCUCCGAUCUUGUCCUCCAUUUCAAGGAAAGAGUCAUUUUAAAUAGGAUGAUAGUUAAGGUACGGUCCCCCUCUGGACACGGAACUGGAUCUGCUUUUUCGAAAAUGCCAAUGGUUGAGAAUUUUCCUUGUGUUUUUUGUACUUUUGAUGAAUCAGAACCCACACACUUUGUAGAUAUUUUCAAAAGGUUGAUGGGGGGGAUGACAUUUUCAAAGAUUAAAGGCGAAGGAAGCACACCGACCCCUAGUCAUUAACUGUCACUGAGCACCAAAGCAACACACGCAUUCCCGGUGCGGUGCCAUGGAUAGAAUGACGGUCUAGGACUCUGGAGGCCUGAGUUCGAAUUCUCGCUUGUCCGUGGAAACUCCCUGGGGGAGUGGAAGUGAUCAAACCCCUCCUUAAAUAUCUCACUGACUUUGAAAGCCCUCUUAGGUUGCUGUAAGUUCCGACUUGAUAGCGCAGAAUGCACACGCAGAAGAUAGGUUGUCUGGAUUUCGGCAGCGUUGUGUCCUGCCUCGCCACCGAAUUCCCCAGGGGGUGACGUGACCGUGCCCUGCUGUUAUAACCUUCCUUGUUACUUCCUCCGUUUUCUCCCCCUUCUCUCAGAAAACCCAUUAAGGAGAUACGCCAACAUGGCGGUAAAAGUGCGUUCAAACUGCUGGCGAGGCGAAAACGUCCACAGCCACCUGUCUGGCUAAUGCAAAAAAGCGGCGAGGGCCUUUGGAGAUUAUCUGUCGCAGAAUCAUCCCGAGGGGAAGAAUGGUUCAGAUCACCUCCUGGCGGAUUCCUACGUCGGGCAGGAGGACUCUCCCGAGAUGCACCAGGCGAGCCAGAACAAGCGGCGUCUCUCCCUGAUUUCCGACGGCAAGUUUGAGCGGAGCUUCUCGGAGGAGCGCGGGGAGAAGCUGUCGGGCGAGGGCCCCAAGCCCCGGGUCUACACCAUCUCCGGCGAGCGGCCCAUGCUCUCGCACCACCAGAGCGAGAGCAUGGAGCUGGUGGUCCUCAAGGGGGCCGAGCCGGAGGAGGGCGCAGAGCCGCACGGAGAGGAAGAGGAGGAUGAGGAGCAGCCGCCGGGAGACCCGCUCAAAAACGGCGGCAGCUCCCACAACGUGAGCCGGGCCGUCAAAGGGAGCUGGGCGAGCCACCGGCAGGUCUCCAAAGACUGUCCCGCCUGCACCCAGCUGGCCGCGCCAUCUCCGCACGGCUUCGAGCCCUCGGAGCCUCACCACCACCACCACCAUCAUCACCACCACCACCACCCGACCGGGGAGAACAGCUGGCGGCGGAAAAAGCUGGAGAGAAUGUAUAGCAUCGACCGCGUGUCAGACGAUGUCCCCAUCAGGACGUGGUUUCCAAAAGAAAACCUCUUUACGUUCCAGACAGCUACGACGACUAUGCAAGCCAUCUCGGCAUUCAGGGGCUACGCAGAGAGGAAGAGACGGAAACGGGAAAAUGAGUCCGCAGCCCUGAUCCAGAGAAACUUCAGGAAGCAUCUUCGCAUGGUGGGGAGCCGCCGCAUGAAGGCGCAGACCUUUGCUGAGCGGCGAGAGAGAAGCUUCAGCCGGUCCUGGAGCGACCCAACUCCCAUCAAGCCAGAAAACCUCAAUGAUUCCCGGGAAAGCCAUGAGCUCCAGGAUUCGUGCGGCGCCCUCGACAAAGGGGUCGACCUGAACUGGGAGGCGGAAAAGGAGGCGGAAGCCACGGCCUGCAGGGGAGAAGAUUUUGUCCCGCCAAAGAUCAUGCUCAUUUCCUCCAAGGUGCCCAAAGCGGAGUACAUUCCAACCAUCAUCCGCGGGGACGACCCGUCCAUCAUCCCCAUUCUCUACGAUCACGAGCACGCCACCUUCGAUGACAUUCUGGAGGAAAUUGAGAAGAAGUUGACCAUUUACCGAAAGGGCUGCAGGAUCUGGAAGAUGUUGAUUUUCUGUCAGGGCGGUCCAGGACACUUAUACCUCCUGAAGAAUAAAGUCGCCACGUUUGCCAAAGUGGAGAAAGAAGAAGAUAUGAUCUGUUUCUGGAAGCGGCUGGGCCACCUGAUGAGCAAAUUGAACCCGGAGCCGAAUGUCAUUCACAUCAUGGGGUGUUACGUCUUGGGGAACCACAACGGGGAGAAGCUGUUCCAGAAUCUGAAGAAUCUGAUGAGCCCCUGCCGUGUGACCUUUGAAUCCCCGCUCGAACUCUCUGCUCAAGGGAAGCAAAUGAUCGAAACCUACUUCGACUUCCGCCUUUACCGCCUCUGGAAAACCCGCCAGCACUCCAAGCUGCUGGAUUACGACGACAUCUUAUGAGGGCCAGGCAGGGAGUUGGUUGAUUUUUACCGGAACCUCAGGCGGCCGAGCGGCGUGCAAGAAAGACCUUUUUUUAAACAGGAGAGGUGGCAGUGGAAGCCCAUCGGUGGCUCGGCAGAGCGAAACACGGAGCGUCGUGGGCCGUGAUGUCGAGAGGCUCAGAAGGGGCAGCUUGCGUCUUCGGGCGUGGCUCGGGCCGGCCCGCGCGUCGGACGGAGAGGGGGGUCUUCUGGAUCGAGGCAGGUUGGCCCACCCUGCCGAUCACCAGGUCGCGAAAGGGGCAAAAACUCUCCAGUUCACGUCCUUUCCCCCUAAGGCAUUCCAUGCUCAGGUUUUCUUAACUACGGAAAUGCGAACUGUUCCUAAAGUUCCUCUUUUUUUUCCUUGCGCUACAAGACGAAGCAGGUAACCGAGGGCACACCUCAUCCGUUUUCAGGACCGUCCCGCUUCACGCAUGGACGUUCUUCUCUCAUUCGGAAACGAAGAACAUCGUACUGCGCACCUUGGCGAUGCGAGGUCUGAAAUCUUUAUGGGGCUUUGCAGGGACUCGGACUUUGAGAAAGCGUGUCCAUUUUAAUAGGGAAAGCAUAACUUAUAAAUAGAUAUAUAUAAGUGCGAUUUUUCUAUGAAUAGAGGGAUAAUUUACUUAGCUGUUGCCAUAAACACCCACCCACAACCAAUAGAGGGGGUAUUUUUGGUCUGCUUGAAAAUAUAUUUGAAACAACAAUAUAUCUUCUGUAGACAGCUAUCUAUCUAUCUGUAGCUAUAUAUAAAGAGGGAAUUUGUGUGCAAUCACCAGCAGGAUGGUUUUUCACACACGUUUUUGGCAGACGUCUCGGUCUGCGUUGAUUGAUUUAGUUUCCGGAUGAGCCGUGGAAGGGGAAACGCCUCGUGAGCUUCCCUUAAAAAGGGUCGGUUGGCUUCCGAGCCAACCAUUUUUAGUUUAGAAAUACGGCAACGUGGCUGAGGAAGAGAUUCUUUGUGUGUGUAUGUCUGUGUGUACAUACACACUCACCCUACAAAGUAGAAAUUAAUAGCCAUGUUAAAAAGACUGUCUCUCCUUAUCUCUGUGCACUUAUUCUUACCAUCUAGGUGAUUUCCCCCCCCCCAAAAAAAUUCAGAUUUUAAUCUGUAGGUCUGACGAGGAACCAGCAGCACUUGAAUUGUGGAGGGAAGACCCUCCGCUGGGGGGUGUAGCACAGCAUUACAACGCUGGGACACAAUCUCAAAACGCAACGCCUACCUUUCUCGCCCUUGUGCAGAGAGGAGAAAUUUUCCGUCGGCUUGCGAGGAAAAUCCGCCGACACUCUUACCGACCUAUCGGGCUCGGCUGGUGGGCUGCGCCAGUUCGGAAAUGCCAAUUCUGCGCGUGUUAGCUUUUUGGAGGGAAUGUGUUCAAAGUGUGUGUGUGUGUGGACGGGGAAGCUUCCUCUGUGUUAAUACCACAUUUGGGUGACGUGGAUAUCUGAGAAAAACCCCAGACUCUGACAGAUGCGUAAGUUUCCAUGGUUUCGUGGGAGAGACGAUUGCAGUGUUCUCUUUUCGAAUCGGAAGGAUUUGCCGAUUUGCCCGAUUUCAGCUUUUGUGUUUCGUUUCUUUAAAAGUUGGCAAAGUGAACCAAAUCUGUCUUCUUAACCUUUCAUGUGGUCAAGUGGCCGUCCCCCCCCAUAACAAGCCUACGUGGCCCACGUCCUUCCUUGUUGGGGAGGCGAUACCCAUCCUUAUCGGUAGUGAUCACUCCCCCAGCAAAUAACCGAAGUCCAGCAUUCGUGGUCUCUGUCCAUAUGUUGUAAAAUUCGUCGGAGAAGCCAAAUUAGAGAGCCGUCUUCAUUUGCUUGAGAAUGACUUCAAAGGUUAAGAUUUGGCCCUUAAAAGUCAUUAGUUUGUUUGUUUCUUAAGGGGCUUUUCAGGUCCUGAAUUCUUUCCAUUUUUGAGCAUAACAUUAUAAGGAUAAGUCUCUUUUUAAGGAAAAUAUUUGGUUUUUUUUAAAUGUAUAAAUCUAUAUAGCAACAGUUUGCUGCAGUGGGGUAAACGUGUUAUCUGUCCUUCCCGCCCCACCCGAGCAGCAUUGCGCUUAAAACGUAACUAUAAAGAGCUGAAACACGAAGACAUGAAAAAUAAGAUUUGCCAAAGCUUAUUUGGUAAAACCAGCAAUAUCUUACGAACAGUUGCCUCAAUAUUAAUGGAAGUCAAAGCAGCCAGCUGUGGCUGGAAUACCUGCACAAAGGGUUGUACAAAACUAUUUUAAUAAUAAUUAAUAAUUAUUAUAUGCUAGGCUCUUCUGUUUCCUCCCCACUGUUUCAACCGAAAGAUGUUAGACAUCUCUCUUGCAGGAUUAGACCUCCUCUAAGGAUAGAGAGAUUUUUGCUUGGUUCGUGACUGGAUAAGACAUUUUCGGAGUUUUAACAGAUUUCUUCCUGAAUGCCGAAAGUAAGAACUUGAAGUUCGUAAAAAUCGGAUGCAAGAGAGCAUUAUAACACAGAUUCUCUCAUCCAGGCAGAGUGUCUUAAAAAUGGAUUUCGAAACCUCUGUUGUUUUUCCUGAGUCUGGGUGGCCACUAUUUUUCUCGUUUUGACAGCCUGCAUUGUCUUUAACACUACAGGGAGCGAUGCCCUUUUCCGUGCUCCAAAUUGCUAUGUCUGUCACCUCUGUACCAUGUUGAGGAUUGAGAAUUGUCUUUUGAGUUCCUUCUUGAUCAAGACCUUUGAAAAGUUCUUCCUAAAUUCGGCAGAAAUGCUUGAGAUCAGAUUU